AUGGCCGACUCAAUUACCCCACAUAGAAGGGUCGAAGUACAAAGUGUGCUUGCGUCUACCCUAGUGGACGAUCUGGAGAAGACAGGGCCAUCGAAGACUGUUUUUCAAUCCGAGAAGCAGCAUAAAAGUCUCCUCGGAGUUGAUAUUGCAACCCCAGACAGCCAUGCAGGUACUGAUGCUGCCUUCGCCGCAAAGGUUCAACUACUUAAUCAGGCCUUGUUGGAUAUUGGCAUGGGAAAGUAUCAAUGGCUGCUGUUUUUGAUGACUGGUGUGGGGUGGUUUCUUGACAGCUUUUGGACCAUGUCAUUUAUAAUCAUUGCGCCAUCCGCUGGUAACGAGGCCCAAUUCUUCUUCACCGGGAAUAACACCGACUAUCUCUUCGUCAGCUUGUUCGUCGGCCUCGCCAUCGGAGGCAUAGUAUGGCCGUUCAUGUCUGAUACUCUCGGUCGGAAGCAGAUGUUCACAAGCACUGUCGUGUUGAUGGGUAUGGGUGGAUUGGUCGGCGCAGGCAUGCCCUCAUUCACGGGACUCUGCGUGGUGGGAGCUGUUGUUGGUUUCGCCGUUGCGGGAAAUCAAGCUGUUGAUGCGAUGACUCUCCUUGAGUCUGUACCAGCAUCACACCAGUUUUUGGUUUCGUUGCAGGGGGUUUUCUGGGGCUUAGGCCAGUUGGUUGCCUCUGCCGUUGGAUGGGCCUUCAUCGCUUUAUACACAUGUGGCACUGGCCCCGAUGAAGUCAGUACCUCACAAGCAAUGAGUCGAAAAGCUCGCGCUCUGGGUCAAUCCAGUAGCGCAUCAUCCUCCUCCAGCAGCAGCUCUUCCUGCCACUACGUCAGCAACAAGGGAUGGCGCUACGUAUGGUGGACCUUUGGAUGCAUCACUUUGUUCCUCUAUCUUUGCCGUUUCAUACUGUCCUUUUAUGAGACCCCUAAGUUCCUUCUUGCUCGUCGUCGCGAUGCAGAAGCAACACAGCUUAUCAAGGAUAUUGCCCUCUACAACGGGCGACAGACUUGGUUGACCGAAGCGUCCUUUGCGCGAGUUGAUUCCACGAUUGAGGGAACAGAAGAAGAAUUACGUACCAAGUCCCGAGUUCAGUCCCUACUUGCCUCUUUGGGAAAUAUCGGGAUUGGCAUGAUCAGUCUUGUCCUUCUCUGGAUCGCCAUGGGUCUCAGCUUUAUCCUUUACCAAACCUACAUCAGCAAUUACCUGGCCACCUAUGGCGUGAGCAAGGUUAAUGCGCUCACUGUGACGAGAGGUUACCUAUACAGUCGCUAUCUGUACACCUCUCUCUGCGCAAUUCCGGGUCCAAUCGUGGCUUCAUUCCUUGUUGAGGCUAAGGGUGUUGGCCGCAAGCGCACAGGCGCCGGAAUUGCCGUUUUGACAGGAUUGUUCAUGCUGGUCUCCACAGUUUCUAGGUCACGCAACGCUGCGCUGGCUUUCGAGUGCAUAGUGAGCUUCUUGCAAUAUGCUGGUCUCGCGACACUGACACUCUAUACCGUGGAGAUUGUUCCAACACCCACGCGAGGAUUCGGCCUCGGCAUUAUGGGCUUCUUAUGGGGUGUAUUUGGGCUUAUUGCGCAUGUUAUCACUACCUUUGAGAGCACAGCAGUAUCCUCUGGAGCCCCUGUUUGGUUCUUGGGGGCUCUUUGGAUUUUGCUGGCGGGUGCUUGGCUAGGCCUGCCGAUAGAGACACAGGCAAGAGCUGCUGCAUAA